CCACUCAUGAUCUGACUUUGCCAUAUAAAACACUAUCUAAGCUUCCAAAUGUAUCUUUCUAAGGAAAAAAUGGUGUCAUCAAAGGAACAAAACUCCAUUUACGACAUCAAAAUCUCCACGGUCUCAGCCGGAUGUAUAUCCGGACAUGAUGCGGUUCAGGAGCUAACCGCAAUGGACCUAGCCAUGAAGCUUCACUAUCUCCGAUUUGUCUACUACUUCAAAACCCCGAUGUUUGAUGGUUUCACCAUCUUGAAGAUUAAAGAAACUAUGUUCAAUUGGUUAAACCACGCCUACAUCCCUUGUGGUCGGUUUAGGAGGACAGACGCUGGUCGACCUUUCAUUAAAUGCAAUGAUAGUGGGGUGCGACUCCUUGAGGCUAAGUGUCAUCUGAGCCUUGAUGAAUGGCUCGAAUCUAAAGAUGAUUCGAGACACAAGCUUCUUGUUCCUAACCAAGUUCUUGGCCCUGAUUUGGCCUACUCUCCAUUGGUUUCAAUACAGUUAACAGAUUUUAAGUGUGGUGGCAAAUCAGUUGGUAUGAGUUGGUCCCAUGUGCUUGGGGAUGCUUUUUCAGCAGUGGGCUUCAUCAACUUGUGGGCCCAGGCGAUUGCAGGCCAUUACCCAGCCCACCCACUCACUAUGGCCCAACAACAAAAUCAAGCCCAUGAUUUCCAAAACCCAAACCCAAACCUAGAUCCACUCUCAGUAAAACGGGUUGACCCGGUAGGAGACCUUUGGUCUACUUCAAAUAACUCUAAAAUGGAAACAUUUUCCUUUAAUAUCUCAACAUCCGAUUUGACUCGGUUACAAGCACAAAUAGGUGGAACGAAAGUUGAUCAACGCGUUCUCGAGUUUGAGUGCAUUUGUGUUGUAAUUUGGCAAUGUUUGUCAAAAGUAAGAGAUGGGUCAGGACCAAGGGCUGUGACUAUAUGCCGAAAUUACUUGAGAAACCGAAAUAAAGGGACCAUCACGAAUGAAAGUCAAACCAUCAGUUUGGUCAAAACCGACACUCCUAUAGGAGAUUAUAAACCACUAGAACUAGUGUCUCUAAUUAUCGACAAAGCAGAUGAUGACCGAAUGGAGAUCAAAAAAGCAAUCGAUAGAGAUGAUGAGCUUCCCGAUUUUCUCAUAUACGGGGCAAAUUUGACUUUCGUAGAUUUGAGUGACGCCUCAUUUUAUGAGAUGGAAGUAAGAGGACAAAAACCCGUUUAUGUAAAUUGUUGUAUCGAUAAUAUUGGUGAUGAAGGGGUUGUUCUGGUUCUCCCAACGCGGAAAGGUUCUUUAGAUGGAAGGAUUAUAAGUGUGACAUUGCCGGAAAAUCAAGUACUUGAGCUUAAAUCAGUGCUUAAAGAAGACUGGGGCAUUGCAUGAACCCAUGUACGAUGGAAUUAUGUUAUAGUCUUAUAGACCAUUCAAAUAUCUAUUUGCUUUCAUCUCAUUAGUGUAUUUUAUGUUUUCACUAGUGUAGUUUUCUUGGACUAACGUAUGUAUGGUUGGUUGGCAAAUAAGUUAUUUUAAGUGAAUAAAGAAGUGUAACAAAUGUUUAGUGGAUGUAUUUUUAUAUGUUCAUCAAAUAAAUAUAGUCUUUAUUGCCAAAAGGCUUCCUAACACAAAA